AUGGAAGUGUUCCGCCAAUGUUUUGGACAUAUCCACAGAUGGUCGUCCUUGAGCUCCUCAUUCCUACAGCAGAGCACGAACGCGAUGGUCGUCCUUGAGCUCCUCAUUCCUACAGCAGAGCACGAACGCGGUAUUUGCGAGCACUUUUGGAGAGUAGCCACGAACUACCAUACCUACUUGAAGAUGAUCACAUGUAUGGUCGUCCUUGAGCUCCUCAUUCCUACAGCAGAGCACGAACGCGGUAUUUGCGAGCACUUUUGGAGAGUAGCCACGAACUACCAUACCUACUUGAAGAUGAUCACAUGUGUGAGGAUUGCGAUAGGCGCCAAGCGAUUCUGGCCCGGCAAGAUUAGGAUAUUGAACAGAGCCCAUGGUUUUGUGCGGGAUGGUUGGAUCUCGAAUCAAACCUGCGACUGA